AUGGGAAAACCUCCUGCAGCCAUCUUCAUCGUUAGGCACGGCGCCCGUCUAGAUGCGGCCAAUAAGGAUUGGCACCUCACCUCUCCAACUCCUUAUGACCCGCCAUUAUCCUAUGGCGGCUGGCUUCAGUCGCGCGCUCUCGGGGCGCGCAUCGUAAAGGAGCUUCGGUCAUUGGAUGAUCAUCUCGAAAGGUCGACCCAAGAGAAACAGGACUCGAAGCUACCUUCCCAGACCAUUCACCGUCGAAAACAGAAGCGCAGAAUAAUCAUACAUACCUCUCCAUUCCUCCGAUGUGUCCAGACCUCGAUCGCGGUCAGUUCAGGGAUCAGUCAGAACUAUACCGACAUCGAACCCGGACGGUCGACACACACCCCCACAGCAGACAAGUCGAAUGAGCUCACCUCUGCGCCUACCUCUGCCGCAUCUGUUGGCCAGGAAUCUUUAUCAAGUCCCGGGUCCACGCCGUCUCCGAGUAACUAUCGAUGUCUUCUCCGCGUUGAUGCCUGUCUUGGAGAAUGGCUAAACCCAGACUACUUCGAGGAUAUCGCCCCUCCCCCCAAGUCAGAAAAGAUGGUCGCAACCGCAAAGACAGAGCUACUGCGCCGUGAUGAAGGCUUCGCUCCGCCGGUAGUCACCCAGAAGAGACCCUCCAUGGGCCACUUCCCUGGUGGCUGGGGUAACUUUAGCGCGCAGAAGCGCGAUGGGGAGGGCGACACACGGAGUGAAGCCGAAUCGGCCCCAUCUACCACAAACACAACAGGACAGAGGAACCGCGCUGGUAGCUAUGAUUCCUUACGGUCCGUAGAUACUCCAUGGGCCCAGAAAAUACUGAAGAUCAAUACCAAUCUUCCGUCAAUCCCUGACUCAGGGUAUUUCCCACCAGUACCCAGUUAUGCUAUUUCUCCGUCGAAUCCAAUACCUGACGGCUUUGUAACACACGCUCGCGACGCGUGUGUGCUGGUUGACUAUCAAUGGGACAGUAUGCGUGAGCCCCAGAAUUGGGGCAACGGAGGCGAGUACGGAGAUGAGUGGAGUACCAUGCAUACGCGCUUCCGGAGUAGCCUCGUGAGUAAGCUGUCGUGGUAUGAAAAUCACGAAGUACCGGCAGCACCAUCUCGUCGCCGGCGACGUUCUCAGCUACAAUUUCUAGAGCCAGAGGAGACGGACGACAUGGGCAAUACCAUCCUCAUUAUAGUCACGCAUGGAGCAGGAUGCAACGCGUUAAUCGGUGCAUUGUCCGGGAAACCAGCGUUGGUGGACAUUGGUACGGCUUCUCUUACUCUCGCCGUGCGUAAGGAUUGCUUGAAAGAACCGUUCCGAAGCGGUGAACCGCUCGACCAGCGCCACACAUCGGACAGACAAUCCGGCCUUGAAAACUACCGCCUGGUAGAGGUAGCAUCCACCGAUCACUUGCGACCGGGAACCAGUCCAACCACGUCUGUCCGCUCUUCCUCGACAGGAAGUGUAACGUCGCCAUCCCUCCCUUCCUUCCGCAAUCGUUUUCCAGCCCGAGCCUCAUUCUCCUCGAGUCCUUUCCUCCUCGGGUCCUCGAAGUCGGGAACAGGUCUGCAAUCGUGGACAAUGAACCGCCCAAUGGCAUCCAUUGAAAAUAAUGAGGGCUACUCUCUCACUUAUUCCUCCGACAGGUCCGGUCCCCCGGAUCUCCGCCUCCUUCAUUACAAUGACGUGUAUCACGUCGAGCCAGGAUCUGCUGAACCCGUUGGCGGUGCUCCCCGAUUCCAAUCCGUCGUAAAUUACUAUCGAUCGCAUCCCCGCUUCGACGGGCAACCCACCCCCCUCACCUUCUUCUCUGGCGAUGCCUUCAAUCCCAGUCUCGAAAGUACCGUCACGAAAGGGAGGCAUAUGGUGCCUUUCCUAAAUAAGGCAGGCACAGAUGUCGCAUGUGUCGGAAAUCACGAUCUUGAUUUCGGUGUCGCACAAUUUCGUCAUCUACGAAGUCAAUGCCGGUUCCCAUGGCUAUUGGCUAAUGUACUAGAUCCCGCACUGGGCGAUGAUGAGCCGAUCGCCAACUGCGAGAAAACUUGCAUGCUGACCUCUUCGAAUGGGAUCAAAGUGGGAGUGAUCGGACUUGGGGAGCGGGAAUGGCUAGGCACAAUCAAUUCCCUUCCUCCUAACCUCGUCUACAAAUCUGCUACGAAGACUGCUCUCGAACUCGUACCCCGCCUCCGGGAACAAGGUGCGGAGAUCAUUAUCGCCGUUACACACCAGCGCGAACCAAAUGAUUAUAAACUGGCAGAGAAUGUACCUUAUGGCAUGAUUGACAUCAUCCUAGGCGGACACGACCACUUCUACGGCCAUGCUCUUAUCAACGGCGUUCACGUGCUACGGUCUGGUACCGAUUUCAAACAGCUCAGCUAUAUCGAAGCAUUCCGUAAACUAGACGGGAAUGGAUGGGACCUGAACAUCGUCCGCCGAGACAUGAUCCGAUCGAUCCCUGAAGACCCGUCGGCGGCGGCACUCAUCGCUAAACUGAACUCGAGCCUCAAAGCCAAGCUGGACAAACCAAUUGGAUACACCGUUCGUCCACUGGAUGGUCGGUUUUCCACCGUACGUGCGCAAGAGUCCAACUUGGGAAAUUUCGCUUGUGAUCUUAUGCGCUUUUACUACCGCGCAGACUGCUCCAUGAUGGCCGGCGGGACUAUCCGUGGAGACCAAAUUUACCCACCGGGCGUACUUCGUCUCAAGGACGUCCUCAACUGCUUCCCCUUCGAAGAUCCGGUCGUACUCAUCCGUGUCAGCGGAAAGGCUCUGAUAGAUGCCCUCGAAAACGGAGUGAGCCAACUGCCAGCACUUGAGGGUCGCUUCCCGCAGGUAUCGAAUAUUACAUAUAGUUUCAACCCAUCUGCGCCAACCAAUUCCCGUAUCAACUGGGCAAAGGUAAAUGGCCACCCUGUUGACUAUGACCGCACCUACACCCUUGCUACACGAGGCUACAUGGCCCGUGGGAAAGACGGGUUUGCCUCUCUUCUUGUCCAAUCCGCCGGCGGCGAAGUCGAAGAGAUCGUCGAUGAAGAAAGUGGAAUUCUUAUCAGCACCUUAAUGCGCCAAUACUUCCUCAGCCUAAAGGUGCUCGGUAAAUGGCAACAUUGGAGUGAAAGCAUGGCGCGUCAUUGGGCGGACGUGCAUAAAGAAAUGCACAACGAAGGCCGGCUGAAACCUGCCUCAGCUUUACCCUCACCUGAAUCAGAGAAAAUCCCGGUUCGACCUCAGCGCCCACCUCUCCCCCGAAAAAAACACUACUAUUAUGGUCGGUUCCCAGAGAUUGACGGUGCCGAACCACUCCAGGAAAAUAACCACCACUACCACCACAACCACGGGGCAAAGCCUGAAGAAGACGAGUCCAUGGAUUCAGAUUCCGACUCCGACCCAGAUAUCCUUACCUCCCCGAAACCUAUAACAAACUAUGUCACUCUCCCUGCGCGGUCAUCUGAAGACGAGGACAACCGCCUGCGGCUUGCCCGGUGGGCAAUAGCGAAAUGGAUGCGCAAAGCAGGUAUCCACUGCUCUUCUCUCGAUGAAGCAGGUGAUGAAUAUGCAUUCACACCAACGUGGACGCCGGGAAUUGCCCCCCGUAUUGAGGGCAGGAUUUUGAUCGAGACUCAAUCGUAA